GUUCUUGCAUGUGUAUCAACGCCGACAAAAAUAAAAAAUAUAUAUUAGUCUCAUUAAAAGUAUCAGUAUUCUACUAUAUAAUUCUUUUGUAAUACACUAUAAAUAAACAUUUAUUCAGUGUUUUGUUUGAAAUCUUAGUGUAAUUAGACUAAAAAGUGCUAAUAAAAUGGCCACAGUGCAAGGCAACAAACCCCAAUGGCCGACUCGGCCGAACUUACAGCAUCAAAACAGUCAUAGCAUGACACCUAAUUUAACAUUAAACAGGACAAUAAAUUUGUAUCCGUUAACUAACUAUACGUUUGGAACCAAGGAGCCUCUGUUUGAAAAGGAUGCGUCUGUGCCGGCGAGGUUCCAAAGAAUGCGUGAGGAGUUUGUGAAGAUCGGAAUGCGGAGGUCGGUAGAAGGUGUCCUACUGGUACACGAACAUGGAUUGCCGCAUGUUUUGCUGUUACAACUCGGUACAGCAUUUUUCAAGCUGCCAGGCGGAGAGCUUAAUCCUGGGGAGGAUGAAAUAGAAGGGCUGAAGCGAUUGCUGACAGAAACCCUCGGCCGUCAGGAUGGAGUCAAGCAAGAGUGGCUCAUUGAAGACACCAUAGGUAAUUGGUGGCGUCCAAACUUUGAACCACCCCAAUACCCGUACAUACCACCUCACAUAACGAAACCCAAAGAGCACAAGCGACUAUUCUUAGUUCAGCUCCAAGACAGAGCUUUAUUUGCUGUCCCGAAGAACUAUAAGCUGGUUGCAGCACCACUCUUUGAGCUCUACGACAACGCACAGGGCUACGGACCUAUUAUAUCGUCCUUGUCUCAGAGCCUCUGCAGGUUUAACUUUGUAUACAUGUAAUUCCCUUACCGUAAUAUUUAAGGGUUUCUUAAAGUAUAAGGGCAUCUUGAAUUCCAAUAGACAUUUUCAUUGACAAUUUGUUUGUACAGCGUAAAUACAAAGCUUAGGGUUUCUUAUAUUACAAAUGCUCUGACAUCACAAAGAUCUAUUUGAUAAAGGACUUUUUAAUUUUUGGUAUGGCAUCUUGUAUAUAUAGCAAAUGUCAAUAACAAUAUUAUUUUAUUUACUUUUCAUUAUUUUCACCCUACGUGCUUACCAGUGGCGUGCACAGGGUCAUUAACCGGGGUAUGCAUAAAUAAAGUAGAUGGCAUAAAAUGGAGAAGUCCUUCGCCUUUAUGAGAUAUACAAAAGUUUAGUUGUAGGCAGUGCUUUAGUGCAUGUUUCAAGUGCACGCCGCUGGUGCCUAUCCCAUCUACAAGACAUUAAAGUAGUACAUUGUGCCAAGUUGGCGAAGAUAAAAGCCAUAAACAAGAGCAAAAUUGCUAGUGUGUUUUGAAUGCCCCACUAACAUGUGACACUUAUAAUUAAUUAACACCGAUGUAAACAUGUACCAUAUUCCAGCAAAAUAAAAAAAAAAUUUAAAUGACCCCAACUGUGGGACUAAAUUUUUGAGCUGUAUGGCACGGAGGCUAUGAGCUGAAUAUCUCAAUUUUAAACUUUUUUACCACAUUGCAUACCUUUUACUUAUAAUAAUAUGUAAGGCUUCCUGAAAUUAUAAAUCGUUUUGACAGUUUGUUUACGGAGCCAACGUUAACAGCGAUUCUCAACUUUAAAGGUGUUCCUAUAUUUUAAAUGCAGUGCUCGGGGCAUUGUUUUUUGCAGCAAACAUAAAAAAAAACACUCGUCAGUUUACUUGUCUAUUGUUUUAUGUGUUUUUUAAGGAACUCUUAAAUUUAAAAUUCAGAAAAUUCAAAAUUCAUUUAUUUCAUGUAAGGUUUACAAGCAAUUUUGAGACGUCAAGUCAGUCUAUUUGAGAAGAUUCCACCGAGAAGAGCCGGCAAAACACUCAGCAAAAUGCUCUUUUUCAAUCAUUUUACAGUUUACAAUGAAAAUAGUAUAAGUAUGAAUUUUCUAUCUUUAACCACGAUUUAUAAAACUAAAUUUUUAACGGGACCAUAAUUAAACCUCGAUUAAUUGGUUUAUCCAAAAAUCGUCGAUUAAAAUUUAAGAUGCCCUUACAAUUAAGAAGCGUACCAUAGUUCAGGGUUACCAAAAUAACCCCAUAGUUGUAAAAACGUGAAGUUUAUUUUUUAAUCGGACCAUAAUAUGUCAUUAGAUAUAAGAAAUGAUUGACUAAAGGAUGAAGACAUGGGAAAAA